CCCACAUGGGUAAGACUUUAAACGACUUCAUCAAGUACGACUUUCAGGAAAAUGUGUGCCUUUUCACUGUGCCAUGUUCCUUCCCUUCAGCCAAACUCUGCUUCACCAUGUUCCUCUUCUUUUGACUUUAGGCUGUCGGGAUUUCAGCUGCCCUCCUCCAUAGUGAGCUCCGGGUCUGUCCUCACUCUGUGGUUCACCACCGACUUCGCAGUGAGCGCCCAGGGCUUCAAGGCACUGUAUGAAGUUCUACCAAGCCACACAUGUGGACAUCCUGGGGAAAUACUGAAAGGUGUUCUCCACGGGACGAGGUUCAACAUAGGAGAUAAGAUCCGAUACAGCUGCCUCUCUGGCUACAUCUUGGAAGGUCACGCGAUCCUGACCUGCAUCGUCAGCCCCGGGAAUGGUGCCUCCUGGGACUUCCCGGCUCCUUUCUGCAGAGCGGAGGGAGCCUGCGGCGGCACGCUGAGGGGCACCAGCAGCUCCAUCUCCAGCCCCCACUUCCCCUCCGAGUACGGCAACAACGCCGACUGCACCUGGACCAUCCUGGCCGAGCCGGGGGACACCAUCGCGCUGGUCUUCACCGACUUCCAGCUGGAGGAGGGGUACGACUUCCUGGAGAUCAGCGGGACCGAAGCGCCGUCCGUCUGGCUCACGGGCAUGAACCUGCCCUCUCCUGUCAUCAGUAGCAAGAACUGGCUGCGGCUGCAUUUCACAUCCGAUAGCAACCAUCGGCGCAAGGGCUUCAGUGCUCAGUUUCAAGUGAAAAAAGCAAUUGAAUUGAAGUCAAGAGGAGUCAAGAUGCUACCCAGCAAGGACAGCAGCCAUAAAAACUCUGUGUUGAGCCAAGGAGGCGUUGCCCUGGUCUCUGACAUGUGUCCAGAUCCCGGGAUUCCAGAAAACGGCAGGAGAGCCGGCUCUGACUUCAGGGUUGGUGCAAACGUGCAGUUCUCCUGUGAGGACAAUUAUGUGCUCCAGGGAUCCAAAGGCAUCACCUGCCAGAGGGUCACAGAGACAUUGGCGGCGUGGAGCGACCACCGGCCCAUCUGCAGAGCCAGGACCUGUGGAUCGAAUCUGCGUGGGCCCAGUGGCGUCAUCACCUCCCCGAACUACCCGGUUCAGUACGAAGACAACGCACACUGUGUGUGGGUGAUCACCACCGCUGACCCCGACAAGGUCAUCAAGCUCGCCUUUGAAGAGUUUGAGUUGGAAAGAGGGUACGACACUCUGACAGUAGGGGACGCCGGGAAGGUGGGGGACACCAGAUCCGUCUUGUAUGUGCUCACAGGCUCCAGCGUUCCCGACCUCAUCGUGAGCAUGAGCAACCAGAUGUGGCUCCACCUGCAGUCUGACGACAGCAUCGGCUCCCCUGGAUUCAAAGCCAUUUACCAAGAAAUUGAAAAGGGCGGCUGUGGCGACCCUGGCAUCCCCGCCUACGGGAAGCGGGUGGGCAGCAGCUUUCUGCACGGAGACACGCUCACCUUUGAAUGCCAGGCGGCCUUCGAGCUGGUGGGCGAGAGGGUCAUCACCUGCCAGCAGAACAACCAGUGGUCAGGCAACAAGCCCAGCUGCGUGUUUUCUUGUUUCUUCAACUUCACGGCAUCAUCCGGGAUCAUCCUUUCCCCAAAUUACCCAGAGGAAUAUGGCAACAACAUGAACUGCGUUUGGCUGAUUAUAUCCGAGCCGGGAAGCAGAAUUCACCUCAUCUUCAAUGACUUUGACGUGGAGCCUCAGUUUGACUUUCUGGCAGUCAAAGAUGAUGGGAUUUCUGAUAUAACUGUCCUUGGUACUUUCUCUGGCAAUGAGGUGCCCGCUCAGCUGGCCAGCAGUGGGCACAUAGUGCGCCUGGAAUUCCAGUCGGACCACUCCACCACCAGCAGAGGGUUCAACAUCACGUACACCACCUUCGGUCAGAAUGAGUGCCAUGACCCCGGCAUCCCUGUCAAUGGCAGGCGUUUUGGCGACAGGUUUCUGCUCGGGAGCUCCGUUUCCUUCCACUGUGACGAUGGCUUUGUCAAGACGCAGGGCUCCGAGUCCAUCACCUGCGUCCUGCAGGACGGGAACGUGGUCUGGAGUGCCACCGUCCCUCGCUGUGAAGCCCCGUGCGGUGGACAUCUGACAGCCUCAAGUGGGGUCAUUUUGCCUCCUGGAUGGCCAGGAUAUUAUAAAGACUCUUUGAAUUGUGAAUGGAUCAUUGAAGCAAAACCAGGACAUUCUAUCAAAAUAACUUUUGACAGGUUCCAGACGGAAGUCAAUUACGACUCUCUGGAAGUCAGGGAUGGACCCACCAGCUCUUCCCCACUGAUUGGAGAAUACCACGGCACCCAGGCCCCCCAGUUCCUCGUCAGCACGGGGAGCUUCCUGUACCUGCUCUUCACCACCGACAGCAGCCGCUCCAGCGUGGGCUUCCUCAUCCACUACGAGAGUGUGACCCUCGAGACGGACUCCUGCCUGGACCCAGGCAUCCCUGUGAAUGGCCGACGGCAUGGCAGGGACUUUGGCAUCCGGUCCACUGUGACCUUCAGCUGUGACCCAGGGUACACCCUGAGCGACGAGGAGCCCCUGGUCUGUGAGCAGAACCAUCAGUGGAACCAUGCCUUGCCCAGCUGCGAUGCACUGUGUGGAGGCUACAUCCACGGGAAGAGUGGGACGGUCCUCUCUCCGGGGUUUCCAGAUUUUUAUCCUAACUCCUUGAACUGCACGUGGACCAUCGAAGUCUCUCACGGCAAGGGGGUCCAGUUGACCUUUCACACCUUCCACCUGGAGAGUUCCCACGACUACUUGCUCAUCACAGAGGACGGGAGUUUCUUGGAGCCAGUGGCCCGGCUCACGGGGUCGGUGCUGCCCCACACCAUCAAGGCCGGCCUGUUUGGGAACUUCACGGCCGAGCUUCGCUUCAUAUCCGACUUCUCUAUUUCCUACGAGGGCUUCAACAUCACAUUUUCAGAGUAUGACCUGGAGCCGUGUGACGACCCUGGAGUCCCUGCCUUCAGCCGCAGAAUCGGGUUCCACUUUGGCGUGGGGGACUCGCUGACCUUCUCCUGCUUCCCGGGAUACCGCUUAGAAGGUGCCACCAAGCUUGCCUGCCUGGGUGGGGGCCGCCGUGUGUGGAGUGCACCUCUGCCAAGGUGUGUGGCUGAAUGUGGAGCAAGUGUGAAAGGAAAUGAAGGAACAUUACUGUCUCCAAAUUUCCCAUCCAAUUAUGAUAAUAACCAUGAGUGUAUCUAUAAAAUAGAGACGGAAGCUGGCAGGGGGAUCCGCCUCAGAGCGCGGAGCUUCCAGCUGUUGGAAGGAGAUACGCUAAAGGUUUAUGACGGAAGAGACAGCUCGUCUCGAGCCCUGGGAGCCUUCACCAAGAAGGAGCUGAUGGGGCUGACCCUCAACAGCACCUCCAAUCACCUGUGGCUGGAGUUCAACAGCAACGGGUCAGACACCGACCAAGGAUUCCAACUCACCUACUCCAGUUUUGACCUAGUGAAGUGUGAGGACCCGGGCAUCCCUAACUAUGGCUACAGGAUCCGGGAUGAAGGCCACUUCACGGACACCGUGGUCCUGUUCAGCUGCAACCCAGGCUAUGCCAUGCAUGGCAGCAGCACCCUGACCUGCCUGAGUGGGGACCGCAGGGUGUGGGACAGACCAGUGCCUUCCUGCGUAGCUGAGUGUGGAGGUCGGAUCCCCGCUGCCACAUCAGGACGGAUACUGUCCCCCGGCUACCCAGCACCUUAUGACAAUAACCUGCACUGCACCUGGGUCAUAGAGGCCGACCCUGGGAGGACCAUCAGCCUCCACUUCAUCGUGUUCGACACGGAGCUGGCACACGACAUCCUCAAGGUGUGGGACGGCCCGCUGGACAGCAGCAUCCUCCUGAAGGAGUGGAGCGGCUCGGCGCUGCCCGAGGACAUCCACAGCACCUUCAACUCGCUCACGCUGCAGUUCGACAGCGACUUCUUCAUCAGCAAGUCGGGCUUCUCCAUCCAGUUCUCAACAUCCGUGGCAUCCACCUGCAAUGACCCAGGGAUGCCACAGAAUGGGACCCGGUACGGGGACAGCCGGGAGCCUGGAGACACCAUCACAUACCAGUGUGACCCUGGGUAUCAGCUUCAAGGACAAGAUAAAAUCACCUGUGUGCAGCUCAACAACCGCUUCUUCUGGCAACCAGACCCUCCUACAUGCAUAGCGGCAUGUGGCGGCAACCUGACGGGCCCUGCAGGAGUCAUCCUGUCCCCUAACUACCCUCAGCCGUACCCUCCCGGGAAGGAGUGUGACUGGCGAGUGAAGGUGAACCCGGACUUCGUCAUCGCCUUGAUAUUCAAAAGUUUCAACAUGGAGCCCAGCUACGACUUCCUGCAUGUCUACGAAGGUGAGGACUCCAACAGUCCUCUCAUUGGAAGCUUCCAGGGCUCUCAAGCCCCGGACAGGAUCGAGAGCAGUGGGAACAGCCUUUUCCUGGCAUUUCGGAGCGAUGCUUCUGUGGGCUUGUCCGGGUUUGCCAUUGAAUUCAAAGAGAAGCCCCGGGAAGCUUGUUUUGACCCUGGGAACAUAAUGAAUGGAACGAGAAUAGGAACGGACUUCAAACUGGGCUCCACCGUCACCUACCAGUGCGACUCUGGGUACAAGAUUAUGGACCCCUCGUCCAUCACGUGUGUGAUCGGGGCCGACGGAAAGCCCUCCUGGGACCGCGUGCUGCCCUCCUGCAAUGCUCCAUGCGGAGGCCAGUACACGGGAUCCGAAGGGGUGGUCCUGUCACCAAACUACCCACACAACUACACAGCUGGCCAAAUAUGCCUCUACUCCAUAACCGUGCCCAAGGAAUUUGUGGUGUUCGGGCAGUUUGCGUACUUCCAGACAGCGCUGAACGACUUGGCAGAACUGUUUGAUGGAACCCACCCCCAGGCCAGACUUCUCAGUUCACUCUCGGGCACUCAUUCAGGUGAAACGCUGCCUUUGGCUACAUCCAAUCAAAUCCUGCUUCGAUUCAGCGCCAAGAGUGGGGCGGCCGCCCGGGGCUUCCACUUUGUUUAUCAAGCUGUCCCUCGCACCAGUGACACCCAGUGCAGCUCUGUCCCCGAGCCCAGAUAUGGGAGAAGAAUCGGCUCUGAAUUCUCCACAGGCUCCAUUGUUCGAUUUGAGUGUAACCCAGGGUACCUGCUGCAGGGUUCCACGGCCAUCCGCUGCCAGGCUGUGCCCAACGCACUUGCUCAGUGGAACGACACGGGGCCCAGCUGUGUAGUUCCCUGCAGUGGCAAUUUCACUCAACGGAGAGGGACGAUUCUGUCCCCCGGCUACCCUGAGCCCUAUGGCAACAACCUGAACUGUGUGUGGAAGAUCACUGUGACAGAGGGGUCCGGAAUCCAGAUUCAAGUGAUCAGCUUUGCCACAGAGCAGAACUGGGACUCCCUUGAGAUCCAUGACGGUGGGGACAUGACUGCACCGCGGCUGGGGAGCUUCUCAGGUACCACGGUGCCUGCGCUGCUCAACAGCACUUCCAACCAGCUCUACCUGCGCUUCCAGUCCGAUAUCAGCGUGGCCGCCGCCGGCUUUCACCUGGAGUACAAAACUGUGGGUCUCGCUGCGUGCCAAGAGCCAGCGCUCCCCAGCAACGGCAUCAGGAUUGGAGACCGGUACCUGGUGAACGACGUGCUCUCCUUCCAGUGUGAGCCCGGGUACACCCUGCAGGGCCGCUCCCACAUUUCCUGCAUGCCAGGAACUGUUCGUAGGUGGAACUACCCGUCCCCGCUGUGCAUAGCCACCUGUGGAGGCACGCUGACCAGUCUGGGCGGAGUGAUCCUGAGCCCCGGCUUCCCCGGCUCCUACCCCAACAACCUGGACUGCACCUGGAAGAUCUCCCUGCCCAUCGGCUACGGUGCACACAUCCAAUUUCUGAAUUUCUCUACUGAAGCUAACCAUGACUACCUGGAAAUUCAAAAUGGACCUUACCACACCAGCCCAAUGAUUGGGCAGUUCAGUGGCACAGAUCUGCCCUUGGCUUUGCUGAGCACAACGCACGAGACCCUCAUCCGCUUUUAUAGUGACCAUUCACAAAACCGGCAAGGGUUUAAACUCACUUACCAAGCCUAUGAAUUGCAGAACUGCCCGGACCCACCGCCUUUCCAGAACGGGUACAUGACCAACUCGGAUUACAGUGUGGGGCAGUCCAUAUCGUUUGAGUGCUACCCAGGGUACGUCCUCCUGGGCCACCCCGUCCUCACCUGUCAGCACGGCAUCAACAGAAACUGGAACCACCCCUUCCCACGAUGUGACGCUCCUUGCGGGUAUAACGUGACGUCCGAGAACGGCACCAUCUACUCCCCUGGCUUUCCAGACGAGUACCCGAUUCUGAAGGACUGCGUCUGGCUGAUCGCGGUCCCUCCGGGGCACGGGGUGUACAUCAACUUCACCCUGCUGCAGACGGAAGCUGUGAACGACUACAUCGCUGUCUGGGACGGUCCUGACCAGAAUGCACCGCAGCUGGGCGUCUUCAGCGGGAACACAGCCCUGGAAACUGCUCACAGCUCCACCAGCCAAGUCCUGCUCAAGUUCCACAGCGACUUUUCAAACGGAGGCUUCUUUGUCCUCAAUUUCCACGCGUUUCAGCUGAAGAAGUGCCCACCUCCACCGGCAGUCCCGCAGGCAGACAUGCUCACUGAGGACGAGGACUUUGAAAUAGGAGGUUUCGUGCGGUACCAGUGCCACCCUGGCUACACCUUGUCGGGCAGUGACACGCUGACCUGCAAGCUGGGCUCCCAGCUGCAGUUCCAAGGCUCCCUCCCAACCUGUGAAGCACAGUGCCCAGCGAAUGAAGUCCGGACAGAAUCUUCUGGAGUGAUCCUCAGCCCAGGGUACCCAGGCAACUACUUCAACUCCCAGACAUGCUCCUGGAGCAUUAAGGUGGAGCCCAACUUUAACAUCACCAUCUUUGUGGACACGUUCCAAAGCGAGAAGCAGUUUGAUGCCCUGGAAGUAUUUGAUGGGCCGUCUGGGCAGAGCCCUCUGUUAGUGGUCUUGAGUGGGAACCAUACAGAGCCAACAAAUUUCACCAGCAGGAGCAACCAGUUGUACCUGCGCUGGUCCACCGACCACGCGACCAGCAAGAAGGGAUUCCGGAUUCGCUACACAGCCCCUUACUGCAGCCUGACCUCCACGCUGAAGAAUGGCGGUGUUUUAAACAGGACCUCGGGAGCUGUUGGAAGCAAAGUGCAUUACUUUUGCAAGCCUGGAUAUCGAAUGGUUGGCCACAGCAAUGCAACCUGCAGGCGUAACCCGGCUGGCAUGUAUCAGUGGGAUGCCCUCAUGCCCCUCUGCCAGGCGGUGUCCUGUGGCCUCCCAGAGUCCCCAGGGAACGGCUCCUUCACGGGCAGCGAGUUCACGCUGGACAGUAAAGUGGUGUACGAGUGCAACGAGGGCUUCCAGCUGGCCGCAGGACAGCCCGCCACCGCGGUGUGCCAGGAGGACGGGAUGUGGAGCAACCGCGGGAGGCCGCCGGCCUGUCAACCGGUGCCCUGCCCAAGCAUCGAAGCUCAGCUCUCAGAACACGUCCUCUGGAGGCUGGUUUCGGGGUCAUUGGACGAGUACGGAGCCCAGGUGCUGCUGAGCUGCAGCCCUGGCUACUACCUAGAGGGCCAGAGGCUGCUGCGGUGCCAAGCUAAUGGAACAUGGAGCAUAGGAGAAGAGAGGCCCAGCUGUAGAGUCAUCUCCUGCGGAAGCCUGUCCUUCCCCCCCAACGGGAACAAGAUCGGAACGCUGACGGCCUUCGGCGCCACGGCCAUCUUCACGUGCAACACGGGCUACACGCUGGUGGGCUCCCACGUCCGGGAGUGCCUGGCCAACGGCCUCUGGAGUGGGUCCGAGACGCGGUGUCUGGCUGGCCACUGUGGCUCCCCAGACCCGAUCGUGAAUGGCCACAUCAGUGGGGACGGCUCCAGCUACAGGGACACGGUGGUGUACCAGUGCAAGCCUGGCUUCCGGCUGGUGGGCACUUCUGUUCGGAUAUGCCUGCAGGACCACAAGUGGUCGGGGCAGACCCCCGUUUGUGUCCCCAUCACCUGUGGACACCCGGGGAACCCCGCCCACGGGCUCACCAACGGCAGCGAGUUCAACCUGAAUGACCUGGUGAAUUUCACCUGCCACACGGGCUACUUGCUUCAGGGUGCGUCCCGGGCCCAGUGUCGGAGCAACGGCCAGUGGAGUAGCCCCCUGCCCACCUGCCGAGUGGUGAACUGUUCGGACCCAGGCUUCGUGGAGAACGCUGUUCGCCAGGGGCAGCAGAGCUUCCCAGGGAGCUUUGAGUAUGGAGAAAGCGUCCUGUACCAUUGCAAGAAGGGCUUCUACAUGCUGGGAUCUUCGGCCUUGACCUGCAUGGCCAACGGCUUGUGGGAUCGCUCUUUGCCCAAGUGUUUGGCCAUAUCUUGUGGGCACCCUGGGGUCCCUGCCAAUGCUGUCCUAACUGGAGAGCUGUUUACAUAUGGGGCCACUGUCCAGUACUCCUGCAAAGGGGGCCAGAGUCUCACAGGCAACAGCACCAGAGUUUGCCAAGAAGACAGUCACUGGAGUGGCAGCCUUCCACACUGCUCAGGAAGCACUCCUGGAUUUUGUGGAGACCCAGGGACGCCAGCCCAUGGGUCUCGCCUUGGGGAUGAAUUUAAAACGAAGAGUCUCCUGCGUUUCUCCUGUGAGAUGGGCCACCAGCUGAGGGGCUCCCCUGAGCGCACCUGCCUGCUCAACGGGUCAUGGUCAGGAGUGCAGCCCGUGUGUGAGGCCGUGUCCUGCGGGAAUCCCGGCACCCCCACCAAUGGCAUGAUCGUUAGCAGCGACGGUGUCCUGUUCUCCAGCUCGGUCAUCUACGCAUGCUGGGAGGGCUACCAGACCUCAGGGCUGACCACGCGGCACUGCACGGCCAACGGCACCUGGACAGGCGCGGCUCCCGACUGCACAAUUAUAAGCUGUGGCGAUCCAGGUUCACUGCCCAAUGGCGUCCAGUUUGGGUCUGAUUUCACCUUCAACAAGACAGUGACCUAUCAGUGCAAUCCUGGCUUCCUCAUGGAAACUGCCUCGUCAGCCACUAUUCAGUGCACCAAGGAUGGGGUGUGGAAUCAGAGCAAACCUGUCUGCAAAGCGGUCCUGUGCAGCCAGCCUCCGCCGGUGCCGCAUGGGAAGGUGGAGGGGACCAACUUCCACUGGGGCUCCAGCAUCAGCUACAGCUGCGUGGACGGCUAUCAGCUCUCCCACUCGGCCAUCCUGUCCUGCGAAGGCCACGGGGUGUGGAAAGGAGAGGUCCCCCAGUGCCUGCCUGUGUUUUGUGGAGACCCUGGCACUCCUGCUGAGGGCCGGCUCAGUGGGAAGAGUUUCACCUACAAGUCCGAAGUCUUCUUCCAGUGCAAAUCUCCGUUCCUACUCGUGGGGUCCUCGAGAAGGAUCUGCCAAGCUGACGGCACGUGGAGUGGCGUACAGCCCACCUGCAUCGAUCCUGCACACAAUGCCUGUCCAGACCCUGGUACUCCACAUUUCGGAAUACAGAAUAGCUCCAGAGGAUAUGAGGUCGGGAGCACGGUGUUUUUCAGGUGCAGGAAGGGGUACCACAUUCAAGGCUCCACCACGCGGACCUGCCUUGCCAACCUGACGUGGAGCGGGCUGCAGACAGAGUGCAUACCUCACGCCUGCAGGCAGCCAGAAACCCCGGCGCACGCGGACGUGCGGGCCAUCGACCUUCCUGCUUUUGGCUACACCUUGGUGUACACCUGCCACGCGGGCUUCUUCCUUGCAGGUGGCUCUGAACAUAGGACGUGCAAGGCAGAUAUGAAGUGGACGGGGAAGUCACCUGUGUGUAAAAGUAAAGGAGUGAGAGAAGUUAAUGAAACAGUUACUAAAACUCCAGUUCCUUCGGAUGCGUUUUUCGUCAGUUCGGUGUGGAAGGGAUAUUAUGAAUAUUUAGGAAAAAGACAGCCUGCAACUCUAACCAUUGACUGGUUCAAUGCAACCAGCAGCAAGGUGAACGCGACCUUCACGGCAGCCUCGCAGGUGCAGCUGGAAUUGACAGGUGUUUACAAGAAGGAGGAGACCCACCUGCUCCUGAAAGCUUUCCACAUUAAAGGCCCGGGAGACAUUUUUGUGAGCAAGUUUGAAAACGACAACUGGGGUCUCGAUGGCUACGUGUCCUCAGGACUUGAACGGGGAGGAUUCACUUUCCAAGGUGACGUACACGGGAAGGACUUCGGGAAGUUCAAGCUGGAGCGACAAGAUCCCCUGGGCUCUGGUGAAGACCCCUCGAACCAGUACCAUGGCACCAGCAGCGGCUCCGUGGCAGCUGCCAUCCUGGUUCCUUUCUUCGCUCUCAUUUUAUCAGGGUUUGCAUUUUACCUCUACAAACACAGAACAAGACCGAAAGUUCAGUACAAUGGCUAUGCCGGGCAUGAGAACAGCAAUGGACAGGCGUCGUUUGAAAACCCCAUGUACGACACAAACUUAAAGCCCACAGAAGCGAAGGCUGUGCGGUUCGACACCACUCUGAACACAGUUUGUACAGUGGUAUAGCCCUCAGUGCCCCAGGACUGAUCCAUAGCCAUACCUCUGACGGACAAGCGGUGAUUCCUUUGGUGCCAUAGACCACUCUCCCUUCUCUCUUGCUUUGCUGCAGCGUCCUUUCCCAUUGUCCACCGGUGUACGUGCAGCGGGGAUUCCACUCCAACGUGGCAGGGUCUUCUGAGGAUCAAACUUCAAACACAUCUCAUUCCACACGUGGAUUCGAAGCACCUGGCUGCACCGGCUCGAACCAAGGUCUCUCAAGGGAGCCUGCCGAGUCUCGGGGACACGCCGAGCUCCAUGCUUCAGUGUGGCUGGGAGGCCUUUCAAUGCAACCUUCUGGCACGUGGAUACAUCCCUCGGGCGCGGUGACAAAAUGGUAGCACCAUGUUGUGUGUUGUUUGUUUUCUUUUCCACCCCCAUGGACACACAUACUCUGAAAAGGAAAGGCUUCCUCCCAGGGGACAGCUCUCUGAUAGAUGCACACACCCACCAACGCUCCACUCUGCCUUCCCCGAGGUCUGACGAGCGCGACGACCCCACGGCAACCCCGAGUGUCCAUCACUAGGCACAUCGGCACACUUCCCAGUCAGCUUCCUACUGCAGAAUUUUUGAUGCACAAUUUUUUGCACUAGUGUGUUAGGAAUGACUAAGAUUCUGAUAACUAUUUACACAGGGUUUACACACACUGUCCACUGUAUAUAAGCAUUCUUUCAUGUUGUGAAACUGGACACACACACCCUCAGUUGAGUAGGAAUAAGGGGGCUGGCCGCAGGGGCCAAGUCUCCAAGGGAAACGCAGUACUGGAGAGGUCUGUUUUGUCAUUGCUUCCAUUAGCUCCAUUCAUGUGCUGAACUCAUUGAAGAUGUCCAACAAGGAAAAAGAGGCCUUUGAUUUCCCGUGUCCCCCAGCACCUUGUCCCCCAGUCCCUGUCUGUCAUGCACUUCCUUGCAGAGGUGUCCGUUUGCCGUGUACAGAUGUGAAUAGUAAUUUAUUUAGGUAGCUCGUGGCUCGUGGGCCGGCUCCCUGCAGCCCGCCCUGCGGUGCUGGCUCCUCUUUCUCUGUGACGUCACUCUCUGGUAUCGCACUGGAAGUCGGACACCAGAGUCGCACCUUGAACUCAGCGGGAAUUGUUCAGGAUCAAACACUAAGUGUCCCUUUGGAGGAAGGGAAGUGCACGCGUCUCCUCAGGACCCUCCAUCCCACUGGUUGGUUUCCCAUUUGUUUUACACUUUAGGGUUCCAGACAGAUCAUCUCAUGACUUUCAGGCUACAUCCCAUAUAGGAGACCAUAAACCACACGAUCAAUAGAACAGUCUACGCUUCCCAAAGCGGAUGAGAUCAAAACCAUGGGUAGGAGAUGUGACCAGGAGAAUGUGGUGUAAGAAAUUCAAAGUGAAGAUCAUGUUUAUUUUUAUUUAUACUUGUUUGAUAAAAGUAUUUUUGAAAAGAUGACGCUUAUUUUAUUAUUUGAUGUUUAGUACAUGUCCCACAUGUCGAGGAUUUCCCCUCUGCACAGUGGCGGUGUCAGGAUGUGGCACUGGCCCCCAGCUUGCUGUGGGGGGCACAUCCAUGCUAGCGUUAGGACUGACGCGUCUGCCUGGCUGCUGACCUUUUCAGCGCAGGACUUCACCAUGAAACACAGAAGGGACCCAGCAGGACACACACUGCUCAUUCUCUGAAAGUCACGCAUCCUGGUCUGAGCACUCAGUAGGUCUCGCACUCGGCUCCCUGGGCUCUGUUGCCAGGGGAAGGCGCACCUGCGCUGGGGCUCCCUGGCCUCCGCUGGCCGCCUUGUGCUUCGGGCUCCAUGUUUUUGGGCUCCGUCUGUCCUUCUCUGGCCAAGCUGGCUGCUUUCCCAGAGAUUGCUUUGCGGAUGGGGAUCCUCCCGUGGUUCUUCUGGGCAGACUGGCAGAAGUCCGGAGGAGCCGUGCUCCUAACACAUACUGGACUAAAGAACAGAGAAUGUCAAAGUGCGAGGCUCACUGUGUGCAAGGGAGAACAGGUCACUCUAUAUAUACUAGGUGUAUAUACAUAUAUAUAUAUAUAUUGUACAUAUCUCAGUUUGGGUCAUUCAAACGAGGUGCAAAAUGCUGACUUCAGAGUCUGAAUCAAUGUCUCUGUCCCCACAUCCCUGACUGCCUGCUGGUCAAUGACGUCAUGAAGUCCUGAUGACAGGACGUGCAUACACACAAGAAACCACAUAUCAGAUUAGUACUAUUUUCCUUUGUGUGCACAUCAAACUGUCCUAUGGUUGCCAGUUUGGAGCAUGUUGUUCGACACCAACAGACAAAAAUGGAGUGACUUUCAGGUGAGAAUCCCCCCAGCCUCCGCUGGGGUGUGUGCGGUGCUUCCCGGGUCUCCGCGGGCGCGGGGGCGCGGGGUCAGGCCGCACUUGCACAGUGAGGGCUAGAGGACUUCCCGCAGGACCGCAGAGGGGGACCGCGAGCUGCGAAGGUCAUGUGCUUCAAAGCUGUUUAAGACUGCUGCUUUCUCACACAUCUUGCCUUCCCUUCAGGCUAGCUGCAAUAAUUUUUUUCUUCUGUAAAAUAUUUUGUACACAACAACAAAAAAGCUCUUAUAAAAAGGGGAAAAAGAAAGCUGGCAUUACGAUCAGGAAAACCCACGUCAUCGCCACCCCACCCCGCCGUCCCUCCACACGCUGCUGUCACGAAGUAGGUGCGAAGACCUUUUUGUACAGAGAUAUAUUUUUUAUGAAGAAUUUGUAAAAUUAUUAAAUAUGCUGUAAUUUUUUGAUUAAUGUAGGUAAAUUGUUAAAAAAAAUAAAUGUUUUUACAAUACAAAACUGUAAUUUUCCCAAUAAUGUAAAAUGUACCAUCUCUAGCUGAUCUCCGGUCCCUGUCCUAUUCCACACGUAUCAAUAUUAAAGUGGCCUGUUAAAAUGAACAGUAUCUUUUUUGUCAAAAACUAUAAAAAGUGUAAUAUAGCCUGUGCAAUGCCACCUAUCUUUAAAGCAAA